AUGUUUCGACACGCACUUAUUCUCUGUAUCUUUGGAUUGGCCUGGGGCAGGAAUAUUAACCCUGGUAGGUCCCAGUCCUUCAGGAUGUUGGAUGCUAACGGCGACGGACACAUUUCUAGAUCAGAGAUACAGGACCAGUUGCUGGAAAACGACGUAGACGGAAAUUGGCAGGUGACACUAGACGAAUAUGAGCGGAGGGUUAACGCUGAGAACAGAGAUCCAUCGGAGAGAAGUGACUUAAGGAAACUGUUCGGACAUCUGGACAGAGAUCAAAACGGUGUUUUAAACAGCCAGGACAUUGACGCCAUCUUUGAUGAAGCUGACUCAGAUAGAGAUGACCGGAUCAAUCAUGACGAAUACGACAAGUAA